UCCCACAACUGGAAACACCUAAGGAAUAUAAUAUUACUUCUAAAAUGGGUUGUUUGACAAAUUGUUUGCUGUGCCCCUUAAUUUUCUGGCCGGCGGUCAUCGUCGGAGCUGCGUAUUUUCUGAGAAAAUACAUGCAGGGCGGUCAGUUCACCAAGCAUACUGAUGAAACCGGCAAAGUAUUCAUUGUCACAGGUGCCAACACGGGAAUCGGAAAGGAGACUGUCCUGGAGAUCGCCAAGCGUGGAGGCACUGUAUACAUGGCGUGCAGGGAUAUGAACCGAUGUGAAAAGGCCCGACAGGAAAUAGUCAAGGAGUCAAACAACACCAACAUAUUCUCCCGGCAAUUGGAUUUGAGUUCGCUGGAAUCCAUUCGUAAAUUCGCUGCUGGUUUCAAGAAGGAGCAGGAUAAGCUGCAUGUUCUGAUCAACAAUGCUGGAGUUAUGCACUGUCCCAGAACUCUGACCAAGGAUGGCUUCGAAAUGCAGCUGGGCGUCAAUCACAUGGGGCACUUCCUGCUCACCCACUUGCUUCUGGAUGUUUUGAAGAAAACUGCACCCAGUCGCAUCGUCAACGUUUCCAGCCUGGCACACACUCACGGUUCCAUCAAUACUAGCGAUUUGAACAGUGAGAAGUCGUAUAGUAGGGUUGGUGCCUAUAGCCAGAGCAAAUUGGCUAACGUUCUGUUCACCCGGGAAUUGGCCAAGCGCCUGGAAGGUACUGGUGUUACCACUAACUCUCUGCAUCCCGGUGCUGUGGACACGGAGCUGCUGAGGAACUGGAAGUUCUUGGAGAACAGCUUUGUGCAAUACUUGGUUAGGCCGCUGCAAUGGACACUCUUCAAGACUCCUCAGAAUGGAGCGCAGACAACACUUUACGCUGCUCUGGACCCUGAAUUAAAGGAGGUCUCCGGACUGUACUUCAGCGACUGCAAGCCCAAGGAUGUCUCAGCAGCUGCUAAAGACGAAAAAACUGGAAAGUUCCUGUGGGCAGAGAGCGAGAAGUGGACAGGAGUGAACACAUCUAAAGUUGAUUAAGAAAUUGCAAAUUCAUUACGCGUCAUUUCAUUAUUUAUUAUUUUAGUAAUUGUUAAAAUAAAAACGACUGCAAUCUUUA